AUGUCAUUAUCAAUGUUCAAUAAUUUUUGUCAAAAUAUAUUAAAAUUGAUAGGACGUCGUCUUAUCUCAUUACGCAUAACAUUAAACAAUGUCAUUGGUGGAUGGUCACUUAUUUCAUCAUCUCUACAAUCUCAUCAAAUAACAUUACUUCGACAUCUACAUUUAGUUGAUAUUGAACCGUAUGAAUUUGAUAAAUUAUUAUGUAAUCGUUUAAUAAAACAAUUAUAUACUUUAAUAGUCGAUGUGACGGAUGGUAGUUCGUUUCAUGAUGAAGGUAUAGAAGGAGCAUAUUUGACUAAGGUGUGUUCAUGUGUGAACACUUUAAGAAUCUGUCGACUUCCAUUUAAUUAUUAUCCUAGAACUCAUAAACAAUUAUUACCACCAUUGAUGAUUUUACCAAAUUUAUCGAAUACAAAUAAUCUUCGAAUAUUGACUAUUGGUAUGAAUUCAUCACGAUUUCUUCAAAGAUUAUUAUUUUGUAUACCAUUUAUUGAAACUCUUUCUAUUGGUAUACAUGAUCAAAAGAUUAAUAAGAAUAAAAAGUUUGAUAUAAUCACAUUACCUUCCUCUAUUGAUGCUAAUCUUCUUCGUCGUUUAUCUCGCCUUAAUUUGAACUGUGCGAAUAAUAUAAGUUUUCAUCAAUCUAUUGCACUUUUAUCAUCUAUAUUUGGUCAACUUACGCAUUUAUCACUAAAACUAAAAACAUCUAUGUCACUAUCUGAUCCAUUUAUUAUAUCAGGUGAUACUAUUCAACAAUUAUGUAUCGAUCGUCUCAAACCAAUGUCAUCCUAUACACUUGAUCUUUACUUCUUCGCUAAUGAAGAAUUGAAGGAGAAAAUUCUUUUAAAAUCAUUUGUUCAAGCACCAUUUACUCGUCAAAAACGACCAAAAGUUAUUAUUUUCAAAAAUCCUGAUGAAGAUAUUUAUUAUAAUACUUACAAAUUUAAUGUUUACACUUUACCGUAUAAUGGUACUGAGCUUACAACAUUGUUUACUCCUGAAGAUCUUCAAAUAUCUUCUCAAAUGUUGGACAAUGUAAUAAAUUUAUAUCCGCAUAUAAAUAAAUUAGCUCUUAACAAUUCUGAAAACAAAACUUGUCUUUUAGAUCUCGACAAUUGUAGAAAUUCUUUGUCAUUAUUUGUUCCAUGGUUAUUGAUAACAAAAAUCUCAAUUAAUGCUGAUUUUGUUGGGGUAACUGAAUUAGAAGCAAUAUUACAAUUAGCUGAUAAUGUACAUACAUUAGAAAUAGUUGAUGAAGAUGGAAUUUUGUCUCCUGCUAUUCUAUAUAACAAAAAUGAUCUCGGUACUAUGGUUAAUAGAAAAAUCCGAUCAUUUGGUUUAAAUAAUUGUACAUUGACAUUAUUUAAUGCUGAAGAUAUUUGCAAAUUAUUAGUAGAUCAAUUAACUAAUUUGAAAAAAUUUUGGUUGACAAUCAAUGAUUCAUAUGACCAUGUCGAUUGGAAUCCAUAUUCUAUUAUUGAUGGUGAAAAUGAAUCUACAAAACGUAUUCUUAAUCUUAUUCAUUUAUUUAUUGAUCAUUUGCAAGAAUUGUUUUCGCUUAAAAUAUAUUUUUGUCAAUGGACUUCAAAUCAUACACCUUGUUUUCCAUAUCGAAUUCGACGAGAAUUACAUCAUUGGUUAAUUAAUCGAUCGUAUCGAUUACAAUGUUCUUGCGAAAUGAUUCAAAUUUGGCUUUAA